CUUCUCUGUGUUCCUUUCCUCCUCCACGCUUCUCUUCUCUCUCUAGGGUUGCCUUCUUCCUCUCUCAUUUCCCCCACUUUUUCCUCGCCGGCCGGAAACCUUUUUCCGGCAAUAUUUCCGGCCAUCAAACCUUGCGCCGCCUUCAAUUCAACUUCUCCAUUCGAACUCAAUUAAUCUGUUUCAAUUCGGAGCUGUAGCUAGCUUCGAUAUUGGAGCAGAGGGGAGAUGGCAAGUCAAACCGGUGCCUCUCGAAGGAGUAUUUCCUCGACGAGGAAAGCCUCCGAAUCAGGAGUGUCUCAUGCUACUUCUCGAAAAUCAAUUACCUCUUUGCGACCUGUGGCAUUAGCAGGAGAGCGGACUGUGAAAUCAUUGCGACUUACAAAGGCCCUGACAGUACCUGAAACAACAACCAUCUACGAAGCAUGUCGUCGUAUGGCUGCCCGUAGAGUGGAUGCUCUAUUACUAACUGAUUCUAAUGCUUUACUCUGUGGAAUCCUCACGGACAAGGAUAUUGCAACAAGAGUUAUUGCCAAAGAGAUUAACAUUGAAAACACACCAGUUUCGAAAGUCAUGACUAGGAAUCCAGUAUUUGUACUUUCUGAAACUCUUGCUGCGGAAGCCCUUCAAAAGAUGGUGCAAGGGAGAUUCAGACAUUUACCUGUGGUGGAGAAUGGAGAAGUUUUGGCUUUACUAGACAUAGCAAAGUGUUUGCAUGAUGCCAUUGCCCGUAUGGAAAGGGCAGCUGAGAAAGGAAAAGCAAUUGCAGCAGCUGUUGAAGGAGUCGAAAAACACUGGGGAACAUCAGAGUCUAAUACAUCAUUCAUUGAAACUCUUCGGGAGCAAAUAUUCAAGCCAUCAUUGUCUACAAUAAUUUCUGAGAAUUCAAAGCUAGUAACAGUAUCACCAACGGACUCGGUUCUGACAACAACAAAGAAGAUGGUUGAAUUUCAUGAGAGUUGUGCUGUUGUGACAGUUAAUGAUAAACCUCAUGGCAUCUUUACUUCAAAAGAUAUCUUGUUGCGGGUAAUUGCACAAAAUCUUUCUCCUGAAUCAACUCCCAUUGAGAAGGUUAUGACUCCAAAUCCAGAAUGUGUAGUAAUUGAUACACCCAUUGUUGAUGCCCUUCACACUAUGCAUGACGGGAAAUUUUUGCAUCUUCCUGUGAUUGAUAGAGAUGGCAGUGUAGUUGCUGUGGUCGAUGUGAUCCAUGUUACUCAUGCUGCCGUGGCGACAGUAAGUCAGGUUGGGAAUAAUGAAGCUGCAACCACCUUGAUGCAAAGAUUUUGGGAUUCAGCCAUGGCCUUAACUCCAAAUGAUGAUGAUGACGAUACACGAAGUGAAAGCUCCUUGAAAUUGGCUUCUGAUGGAGGAGAAACGGGGAGGUCCAUUCCUUAUCUUUCAUCAAGCAUGGCUAAUACAUUUUCCUUCAAAAUACAAGAUAAAAGAGGCAGAAUGCACAGAUUCACAUGUGAUACCCGGAGCAUGAAAGAGGUUAUAACUUCAAUCAUUCAGAGACUUGGUGAUGAUAUUGAUCCUAACAACGUACCCCAAAUUCUGUAUGAAGAUGAAGAUCAUGAUAAAGUUGUAUUGGCUUCAGACAAUGAUCUUGCAACUGCUGUGGAUCACGCCAAGACAGCUGGUUUGAAGGGGUUGAAAUUGCAUUUAGAUUACGCAGGACCACGUGGUAAUGGGAAAAGUUCGCGUUCAGGAAGUUAUGCUUAUUCAGAUGCAUGGGCCUCUGCAUAUAGUGCCGCUGCAGCUGGAGCUGCACUUGUUGCUGGCUUAGGCAUAUUAACAUACUUGAAGCGAGUUUGAUUAAAUGAAGAAACAAGUUAUGUAAGUGAAAGAGGCCAAUCUGAAGUUAGGUUGAAUUUUGGAGGGCAAGCCGUCCGCUAGCUAUCUUUAUGUUCUGAAAUUUUGUACAAUUUCUCUAUAUAUACGAGGAAAAGGUUUAAAGCAUUUUUGUGUUUUCUGAAAAUUAAUUGGGAUGGUAAUCCCUUGCUGCUUGUGUAUUUGUAAUUUUAGUAAUUGCAGCCUCAUCAACCCUCGAGACUGAACAAUAACAAGCAGCUCUGUCCAUUUUUUCUGACAUUACGAGUUCAUAAAUCAAUCGACCAGAAUUGAUUUCA